GACGACUGAAGAGUUGGAUCUGAGAUCAUUCUUUGUCUUCACGUCCAACUAACCAGAGUUUCAUUGAGGACUGGAGCUGAUGAACUACAGAACACAGCUUUUCUAAGUACAUUCAGGAAGAAGAGAAGGAAAAUGUCAGAUGAGAACGCUCAUUUACUUUCAGAGGAAGAAGAGACAUCCGGUGUUGGUUUUGUGCAGCCAGCUGAUCUGAGGAUAGUUAUGAUAGGGAAGACUGGAGCAGGGAAGAGUGCAACAGGAAACACCAUCCUGGGGAAAACUGUGUUUAUUUCAAAGUCAAGUCCAAAUCCAGUGACUAAACAGUGUGAGAAACAAAGUGGAGUGGUGAAUGGGAAGAAGAUUGAUGUCAUCGACACUCCUGGGAUCGAUGACAUAUCAUUGACAGAAACAGAUUUGAUUGACAAAAUACGUGAAUCGUUUCAGAGACCAGAUAAAGUCGAAAUAGAGAGAUGCAUCAAGAUGUCAGUCCCAGGACCCCAUGUGUUCCUGCUGGUGAUCAGACUGGAUAGAUACACAGAGGAGCAAAGAAAAGCAGUGAAGUACAUCCAGGACAACUAUGGAAAAGGGGCCUCAGACUACACUAUGGUAUUAUUCACUGGUGUAGAUCAGCUGGAUAACACAACAGUAGAGGAUUUUCUGAAGGAGAGUAAGAGUCUUCAGACACUGGUCAACAGCUGUGGAAGGAGAUAUCAUGUCUUCAACAACAGAGAGAAGAGAGACUGUACUCAGGUCAGAGAUCUGCUGAAGAAGAUAGACAAUAUGGUGAAGUUCAACGGACACUACACCAAUGAGAUGUAUCAGAAGGCUCAGAAAGAGAUCAGGAACAGUCAGUUGAAGGAGAUGGGUAAACAAGCAGCUAUAGUAGCUGGCUGCACAACUACAGGAGUAGGAUUAGGUCUUCUUGCAGCCCCAGUAAAAGCUAUAGUUGGAGGGAUAGUGAUAGCAGGAGGAGCAGCAACAGCUAUAGCCGGAGGGAUAACACAACUUGUAAAUAAUUAACUGCAGGGUUAGUGUCUGUAAAUACGGCCUGAAGGACCAAGCUAUAGCCGGAGGGAUAACACAACUUGUAAAUAAUUAACUGCAGGGUUAGUGUCUGUAAAUAAGGCCUGAAGGACCAAGCUAUAGUUGGAGGGAUAGUGAUAGCAGGAGGAGCAGCAACAUAAUAAGGCCUGAAGGACCAAGCUAUAGUUGGAGGGAUAGUGAUAGCAGGAGGAGCAGCAACAUAAUAAGGCCUGAAGGACCAAGCUAUAGCCGGAGGGAUAGUGAUAGCAGGAGGAGCAGCAACAUAAUAAGGCCUGAAGGACCAAGCUAUAGUUGGAGGGAUAGUGAUAGCAGGAGGAGCAGCAACAUAAUAAGGCCUGACGGACCAAGCUAUAGUUGGAGGGAUAGUGAUAGCAGGAGGAGCAGCAACAUAAUAAGGCCUGAAGGACCAAGCUAUAGCCGGAGGGAUAGUGAUAGCAGGAGGAGCAGCAACAUAAUAAGGCCUGAAGGACCAAGCUAUAGCCGGAGGGAUAGUGAUAGCAGGAGGAGCAGCAACAUAAUAAGGCCUGAAGGACCAAGCUAUAGUUGGAGGGAUAGUGAUAGCAGGAGGAGCAGCAACAUAAUAAGGCCUGAAGGACCAACAUGAUUAUUGCUUUUCCUUUGUCAGAUGUAUUAUUUCUUUGAUAUGGUUUGACCUUUAACCUCGUGUGGUUAUGUCACUGCACACUGCAUUUAACCAAAUGACUAAAUCAUUCAUUGAAGUUAUUAAGUUAAUUAUUGUUUUACUUCACAUAAAGGAAGAAGUGUGACACAGUACAUACCUAUUGUGCUGAAGCAUCUCUGUAAUCAUGGUUGUAAUCUAGUUUAAUGUGCUGCUCACUAAUCACAUUUAUUUAUUGUCUUUUGUUAUGUCCUUUAAACAUGCUGUUAGGUAGUGAUGGGCACUGAUAUGGAACAUCUAUAUCGACGUCAGUUGUAUUGUUUCUAUCCUACCCAACCAGUUGUAUUGUUUCUAACCUACCCAACCAGUUGUAUUGUUUCUAACCUACCCAACCAGUUGUACUGUUUCUAACCUACCCAACCAGUUGU